GAUAUUCACUUUCCAUUUAGACUGCUAACGAAAAAGACUAGAAAAUUAGUUUAAAAAUAUAUUGAAAAAAGUUUGUACAAUAUAUUUGCAAGAUGUUGAUAUCAAUUGUUUCUCCACAGAAUGACGAAAUAUCAAUAAGCACUUGCAAUGGUGAUGUCUACUACAUUAAGCGCGUUCUUACUGAGCAAAUGGAUACUAUAAAAGAAAAGAUGGCAGCCUCUAGUAGUCCGAGUGUAAUACCAUUAGUGGAUACCGAUUCGAGCACUUUUGAAUUGGUAAUGAAGUGGUGCGCUCUAAUGCACAAUCUGGGCUCUACCUUAAUGGAUGUGGAGACAUCUCGUUAUAUGUUCAACGGCUUUCUUCAGGCAUACAGUGUGAACCAAAACAUGUUGCUUAAAUUGACAUUAGCUGGCCAUAGAUUGAAGAUUCGUUCUCUUUUGGAGGCCACCACUCGCCGUUUGGCCGAUGAAAUACGCGCAUGUGAGACUACAGAAGAAGUACGUGCACAUUUUGGCAUCCAUGAUGCACCCCAAGAUGGAUAAAAUGACGGCGAGGGACAAUGGAGAAGAUGAUGCAUUCUAAGAUGAAGAAGACGAUAUGAGAGAAACCCUCAGGAUGAUCCACUCGAUGAUGAAGAAGACGUUACAUGGGGGAAUUGGGAGACUUUAACACAACACUGAAUUAUAAAAACAAUAGAAACCCUCAAGAAAUACAUACAUGAAGACCUCUGCUAGGUAUCACCACA